GAAAGACGUGAUUUCCUGAAGUCUCGCGUUGAAUGCCCGACUCGUCAUCACCAUAGCAACCAGAAGCUUUCUCUUCUUGCUGGAUCAGUCAAAUGAAACUAUGAGCGCAGCUAAGAAAAAUCAAAAACAAGCGGACGGAACUGACAGUGAUGAUGACUUUCAGUAUGAAGAAGUAUCCGUUGAAGACGACUGGAGUUUGACAGAGGGAGAGGAAGACUUGGAGGCGACGGUGAAAGCCAUCCAGACCCGGGCAGAAGCCAGUGCAGUCUCCGGCACUGAACGGCCUGUAGCCGUGGACGUCUUUUUACGCAACUUUCUCUUCCAAAUGGGCAUGACAGAAACGCUGGACUGUUUUCAAACGGAGUGGACGGAGAUGGCACAGAAAGGACAGGUGGAUACAGAGCGGGUGGGUGUGGUACCGGAUUGGUACACUCAAAACCAGCGUCUAGACAGCGAGCUGAGAAACGCGCAGCGGGAGCAGGAGCAGUACAGGCUGGCAGCCUCUGCCGCAGCUGGGACACUAGUGAGGGCCCAGAGAGCCAGAGACUUCCACCGGAUGCAGCAUAAGCGUGUUGUCCAGGAGAAAAACAGGCUCAUCGAGCAGAUUAAGAAGCUCAAGGUUCAGUGCAACAGCUAUGAACCUGCAAUAAAGCGGAUGAAUGAAAAACACCAAGCCGUUUUGAGGCAGACCAUGCUGGUGACUUUGGAGAGGGACAGGGUGUUGGGGCAGGUGAACGGUCAGGUAUCUCAACACAGCAUCGUCCCUCCUCCUCCUCCUCCACAUGGCCCUUCCUGUAAAGAAGAAGGAGCUGUAAAUAAGAAAGGAGAGAGAAAACCUAUCUAGUGACCCAGCCAAGUCCUCCUACAUCUGCAGACCCUCAAAGGAGUCAGACUAGGGAGCAGCCAGUGAAAGCAGAUGUUCCUUGAAAUAAAUAUUAGGUCUCAUGUACAGUAA